AAUUGCUUGAGUAAAAGCAAAGUCUUCGUUUUCCCUUACAAGAAGUGGUAACAGUGGAAACACAGUGAAGCAAGGUGAAGAUAGAAAGAAACACACUGUGUAUGUGAAUCGGUGAGUGACUCACCACCAGAUUCAGAUCCACCAUCGCCAUCACCAACCUCACACUCUUCCUUCCACAUUACGCUUCUCUUCUCUUCUCUUCACCUUGUUCAUUCCAUUCAGAUUGGAUCUCAAAACCAGAAAUGAAGGACUCAAACAACACCAGUAGCAGUAGCAGUAGCAAUAGCAGAACCGAACCCAUUGCUCAGAACCUCAUCAAACUCAUCAGCAACCUCUGCUUCUCACUCUUCGUCUUCUCCGUUCUCAUCUUCACCGUCAUCGCCAUCACAUACCAACCACCGGACCCAUGGCUUGAAUCUUCACCGGCACUCACCAACCUCUUCACAAAAACAGAAAACGCUACCUUCCACAUCGACUCCUCCAUCAUUAAAACCGGUGAGGAUCUAUCUCCUUCCCCUCAGGACCCGCCGCUUCCUCCGCCUCCAACCGCCACCGCCGCCGUCACUGAAGCCGUCAUCGAGAAAGCAGAGGAGAAAUUCGCCAAUUCCACUUCCACUUCAUCCGCCUCAGCUGACGCUGACGCCGACAUUGACGCCGACGCUCCCACCCCCUCUUGCGACAAAACCCUAAAUUGCUCUGACCCUCGAAUCCUCAUCGCUAUCCAGAGGUUCAACCUCCGCGCCUUCAAGUCAAUCGCCUUCUUCGACUACCAGCCGCCGGUGAAUGGUUCCUCUCUCGGUGAGUGUGACGUCGCGUGGCGCUUCCGGAACAAGAGGGAGAAGUCGUGGCGGAAGUACCGCGACUUCCGCCGCUUCAAGAUUACUGUCACCGAUGAUUGCCGCUACAAGGUGGUCCAUGCCGGUGGAUGGCAUUCUGGAGGAAAUGCGCGGCGCAGCCCGACUCGGCCGAGCGGAAAUGCCAGGGGAAGGACUGUGCCGCGAGUUUCGACACGCGAUGAGGAGAUUAACGACACGAUUCCGAGCUUGGGAUCGGAGAGUAACUUCAGGAAUGGGAAGUAUUUGUAUUACACGCGGGGUGGGGAUUAUUGCAAGGGGAUGAAUCAUUAUAUGUGGAGUUUCUUGUGUGGUUUGGGUGAGGCUAUGUAUUUGAAUAGAACCUUUGUUAUGGAUUUGAGUGUUUGCUUGUCUUCAAGUUACAAUCCUAGUAACAAGGAUGAGGAAGGGAAGGAUUUUAGGUACUACUUUGAUUUUGAGCAUUUGAAGGAGGUGUCUUCCAUUGUGGAGGAGGCUGAGUUCUUGAGAGAUUGGAAGAAAUGGGAUAGGACCCAUCUUAAGAAGAAGAAGGUUCCUGUUAGGAAGGUUGUGACACACAAGGUGACCCCUAUGCAGCUUCAGAAAGAUAAGAGCACCAUCAUAAUGAGGCAGUUUGAUGAUGCCCCUGAGCCUGAGAAUUACUGGUACAGGGUGUGUGAAGGUCAGGCUGCAGAGUAUAUUCAGAGGCCUUGGCAUGCUUUGUGGAAGUCGAAGCGAUUGAUGAACAUUGUCACGGAGAUCAGCGGGAGAAUGGACUGGGAUUUCGAUGCGGUCCAUGUGGUUCGCGGGGAGAAAGCUCAGAAUAAGGAGCUGUGGCCUCAUUUGGAUGCCGACACGUCUCCGGAUGCUCUUGCUGAGAAGCUUAAAGGGAUGGUUCAACCGUCGAGGAAUUUGUACAUUGCUACCAAUGAGCCCUUUUAUAAUUUCUUUGACAAGUUGAGAUCGAAUUACAAGGUCCAUUUGCUUGAUGAUUAUAAUGAACUGUGGGGAAAUGCAAGUGAGUGGUACAAUGAGACCAGGCUUCUCAACAAUGGGAAGCCUGUUGAGUUUGAUGGCUACAUGAGAGUUGCAGUGGAUACAGAGGUCUUUUACCGUGGAAAGACUCGUGUGGAAACAUUUUACAAUUUGACUAGAGAUUGCAAGGAUGGAGUUAAUACAUGCUGAUCAGGUUGGCACCUUGCACUACCGAUUUUGUUGCUUACUCAGAAUUUGUGGUACAAUCAGGGCCUUUCUUUUUUAUUCAGUUUCAGAUUCAUAUCUUGAGGUUAAAUUUAGUCUCAUUGUUGCACUUGCUUGUUCUUUUAUUGUAUUGAUAGUUGAUGAUCCAUAUUGAAUAUCAUGAUUUUGUAUACAAUAUACUAUAGAAUCCCUUUCUCUCCUCUUACUCUUGACUUAUGUACUUUUUGAGAAGUUGCUGAAUCCCUUCUUUCAUUGUUUC